AUGAAGAAGUCUGAAGUUGGGCCAUCAUCGAUUGUCAAUGAGAAUAAUAAUGCAAAACUUCAGAAUUCGGCAUUACAGAUUGGCUGUCAUCCUUCAGGUGACGACGAUGAUGAAGUCAGCCAAAGCAUCGAACUAGCUUCAUUGCACUCUUCAUCAAAGAAGAUCAAAAAGAAAAAGAAGAAAGACAAAAAAUCAAAAAGCUCCAAAAAAGCUACAGAUGAGACGGAUGAAAGUGUUGUCUCGUCACCAAGACUAAAGAAAAAGAAACGCAAAAAGGCGAAGGAUGGCAAGAAGAAAUCAAAAAGAAUUAGUAAGAAGGACUGCCAAUCCCAAUCCAGCUGUUCGACUUUCGAUUUCUAUUCUUCUAUCUCAAGUAUCGAGACAUUUGCGUUUGAUGAUGUCUCGGAACAAUCAGAUCAAGACAGCUGUUACAAAUCAACUACUGGAUAUGCCCAUACUCCUGUUGGACGCCCCAAGAAGAAACUUGAGGUACCAUCAUCUGCGCCAUUGGGCAAGGAACGCAACAAAAGCCCAGUGGCAACGAAAUCACCGUCGGCAUCUUUGGGAGUAUGGAAGUUAUCGCCGAAGCAACCAGAGCCAUCCAUGGCUGUUAGACGAGCAAGAUGUACGAGGAGAGCAUCGUUGGCGGGUGCAUCCAUGCUGAAUAAUUCAUAUCAUGGCUGUACGCCAACUUUGACGAAGCGAAUGACUGCAAAGAUUGAAAAGAGCCUGCAUGAUUCCAUGCCAGACUUGUUUGCGUCACCGGGAAGAGGGUUGUUGGCGGAUGCAUCACCAGCACCAGGACGAGGUCGUCGACGACACAGGCUGAAGUCUGAUGAUAACAAGGCAUGGACGCCACGAGCUCCUACAUUGACUAGAAAAAUCUCUUCCAAAAGCCUAAUGGAUGGAAUUGGCAAUAGUUUGAUGAAUAGUUUCGUUAGUGGAAGCGACUCGUCGCUUGAUUGUCCAUUCAAGAGUCCAACACAACACAAGCAAGCACCAAUACCCCUGUCCAUUCCCGACCUCUGCGGCGAUUCCUCGGACGAUGAUGAUGGAGACUUGGCAUAUAACAAUGCAAUCGCUAGGUUUAUCGGACACGGAUCAAACAGUAACGUCGACGCGGGUAAGGACGACAAUCCAUUUGAACUUGUCACGCCUUCGCGGCAAUCGUCCACCUUGAUGGACGGCCGACAGCCCAGCAAAGCAUACUUCGAGCAUGAAAAUCGAAAAAUUGGCAGUAUUGUGACUAGCCGCAAGGGACUUGGAAGCUUGUCGUCGGUCAAGGGACUUGGAAGCUUGUCGUCGGUCAGCCCAAUGCCCAACAAGACAUCCAAUGCAUUUCAUGCUCCCGCAACACCGCCAGUUCAAGAGCACGAUGAUUCUUCGGAAUCGUCUUUUGCCACUGACGGAUUCUUGACUCCGACCGAUCAUGGGCCUCUCAAAAAGAUGAUCCUCGAUAACCAUAUUGGUGAGAAAAAUAAUAAUACUGACGACGACGAUCGUUCACUGGAUGUCGCCGAUAUUUUCGUAACAGCUUCAAAUCCAUUGCCGACCGAAAAUGGCCAGGGAGAUGUCGGAAACGUCGAAGAAUCUCACUCUGAUAGUGAAAGUGACUUUGGCUUCGACAGUCCAUUUGGUGCGGUGGGCGAUGAAACUUCGAAAAAGAUUGUUAGGAAUAAAAAGCUAAGCCGGAAAAAUCUUGCUCCAACUGGCAGUUUCGGCGAGGAUAUGAAUCGUAGCUUCCACGAAGCGUUGAGUAUCGAUCCAUUCGAAGCGGAAGAGUUCGUGGCCGAACCAUUCUCGCAGCCAGCAUCAAGGAAGCAUCAGAAUAGCUUUCGCGGAAAUGUUCUUGCUCCAACUGGCAGUUUCGGUGAGGAUAUGAAUCGUAGCUUCCACGAAGCGUUGAGUAUCGAUCCAUUCGAAUCGGAAGAGUUCAUGACCGAGCCAAUCUAUCCACAACGAGUAUCAAGCAAGCAAAAGAGCUUCAGCGGUAAAGUGCUUUCUGACACUGGGAGCUUGGGUGGGGAAAUGAAUCGCAGCUUCCAUGAUGCUAUGAGUAUUGAUCCAUUCGAAUCGGAAGUGUUCAAGGCCGAAGAUUUUGGCACCGAAACGAACGACUUCGGUUGUAAGGUGGUGUCGACAAGUAGGUCUACAAAUGGUGGUUCGAUUGAGGGCAUGAACCAAAGCUUCCACGACGCUUUGAGCGUUCAUUCAUUCGAGUUGGAAGAAAUGGGCGGUGCAGAAAGGGAUAAGAUUGUUGGGAAUAGACCGGGGAUGAGUGCAAGGGAGCCGAGAAAAGUGUCCUGCAACGACGAUUCCACUUCUACUCGCAGUUUCGGUGCUUCUGGUCCAAUCGAUAAUGCGGGCAGCAAUUCCAUCACCAAGAAUCGCAAAAGCUCCUCUGUUCGAAAGUCAAAGAGCCCCAAAGGUUCUCACCGAUCGAAGUCGCUGGAUCGACUCAAGAGCCUAGGCGGCCGAUCCAAUUCUCUGGACAAACUCAAGCUGCUAGAUCGCCGUUCAAAUUCACGCGACAGCCUCAACUCUCGCAAUCGCCAAUCCAGCAUUGAUGAUCUAAUUGCCUUACAGCAAAGGGGGACACCAGCUAAUCCAUGGAAUCGAAUACGGUCGGCCAUGUCGCUGGUUUCAAUAGGUAGCCGCAGCAGCCAAGCAACCAAGGUUACCGAUCCAGGGCCAUCAUCCAGAACUUCACCAUGGAACAAACGUUCCACAAAGGAAAAGAGUUCCCGAGCUGGAAGGUUUAAAAGGUCUGGAAAAUCGGAGCUAUCACAGUCGGAGCAUGGUGUCUAUGGCACCGACACGAGACUCAGUAGUAGUGUGGGUACAAGCAGGACGAGCAAACUAUCGAGGUUUUCCAGCAAAGAGAAACUAGCCAAACGAAAGAAGAAAACGAAAAAGAAUACGCUGGGCCAAUCGGAGCAUUCGACGAGGGCCACCGAUAGUCUUGCAAUUGAACAGGAGCUGGGGACUACUGGCACCACAACAAAAAGGCGAGCGAAAGGUUCGAACACCAAAAGUAAAUCGCCUGCCUCGUCGGUUUCAGGAAUGCCACAAUCCAAAGAAGACGAAUCAUCUCAAGAUCUCUUUCAAGAUUUCGUCAAAGAAAUAAGGGCUAUCAAUCCCAGCGAAGACAUAUUUUCUUGUUGA